AUGAUAAAUUCUCUCUUGUUUUUCAGAAAUGAAGACCUUAAAGCAAGAAAUGCUUUUGCUGAAGACGGCUUGGCCAAAAAAGAAUGUCCACCAACAACCUACGUUUCAAACAUGGGCAAACCAUGUAUCGUUACGCUAUUCGAUGAAUAUAAAUUUGAUGAUUUUAAUCUGCGAUCUUUCAAUUAUAGCCCGAUCUGUGCAGGACCUUGGUCCAAGGUUGUAUUUGAAGGCAAUUUUAAUGUUACCCAAGGCAUUCAGUUUGAUCGAACAGUCACUAUUGCACUUGGACGUGUGAAUAUUUAUUUUGGUACAACAAAAGAACCAUCACCAACUAGUGCAGAGUCGUGGAAAAUUCAACGUAAUCUUACUGACUAUAGUUCAUUAUUUUAUACUCAACAAUUAGGUGAAAUUGAUUUAGGCAAUCUUGUUAAUUCAGAAUUUACAGGUAUUAUCUAUGGAACAGGCUUUCUGUAUUUCUAUCCACUCAAAAGUGGAGAACAAGAACCAAACGUUGCCGAUAGAAUUUAUCCAUUAGGCAAUGAAGCAGGAGGAACAGUUUUAUUAUUUAAUUCAACUAAUCAACUCACAGUCACAUUCAAUUUACCUUCAAAUAUUGAACGUGUCUAUCUAGAUGUUUUUGCUCAAAGUCAAAGUUCUGAUGAAUUUUGGUACAUAUGCGUGCCUAGUGAGCUCAGUGAUUCGUUACAAAGUUGCUCGAAUACUGCAUUUCGUGAAACUGAAAUAAGCAUCAACGAACAACCAGCAGGUGUAGCUCCAAUAUUUCCAUGGAUCUAUACGGGUGCUAUAGAUCCAGACCUAUGGACUCCAAUUACUGCUGUGCAAACAUUAAAUUUUCAACCAUAUCGUGUUAAUUUAACACCUUUCGCAGGUGUAUUAAGUAAUGACAAACAAUCACAUCAAGUAUCGCUGCGUGUUUAUAAUUGUCAAGAUCAUUUUUCUGUUGUUGCUUCAUUGUUAGUCUAUCUUGAUCAUGGUUCAAGAAACGUAACAGGAUCAGUAGUUAAAAAUGAUAUAGGAUUAACGAAACCUCCAGCGAUAAAUGAAAACUUGACAAAUGAUUCGUCUGGCGAUAGUAUUAAUGCUACUAUAACAACAACAGCAGCUCGAACAUUCACAUUAUCUGGUUAUAUAAACACUUCUCAUGGACAAGUCUGUACAACCGUUUCACAAACUAUAGAUUUCUCAAAUAAACAGAAAUUUGUCAUCACACCUACACAAUAUAUUCAAAACAUUACACAAAUAACAAAUGUUUAUUCAAUAACAGAGACAAUUGCAGGGAUUGCAGGGAAUAAACAUCAUAAAAAUCGAGUUGUACAGAAAUUUUCGUUUCCGCUUACACUUGAUUAUACAUUUAAUGCUUUAUCGGACACGAUAUUGCAGCAAAUCGUUACGGUAAAACAAACUUAUAAGACAGCUACAAAAAGUGGAAACAACAAAAUUUGUCUAUCUGAUACAGUCAAAACGACAGAUACAUCAAUAUUUAAUGGCUCUAGCGUUGAUCAUUACAACAGGAUGAGUUAUGAAUAUUCAACGUUCACAGUUAAUGGAAAAUGUAAAAGUAAUCUAAUUACAUCAACAAAUGGUCAUAUUAAUUCAAAAAGAAUGUUACUUUCUAAAAAAUUACGUUUUCAUGCUAAUAACACAAUGGAAUAA